AUGGCUGCGGUUGCACCCAUGGACCUGGUUGUGAGAAGCGACCCUAACUCCAUCCCUCUUCGGUGCUCCCUCUGCCCCAAAAAGCCCAGUUUUUCGGAUCUCUCUCAUCUUCUCACCCACAUCUCAUCAAAGAGCCACCUCGCCCACCGCUUCAAAGCCGAACUGAAAGCACGCGACGACCGGGUAGCCCUAGAUGAGGUUCGGCAGUAUGACAACUGGUGCGAGCAGUAUGGAAUCAACGCUCUUCUUGCGGAACGGAUGGCUGCAAAGGAGCAAAAGAAAACAGGCAGAAGAGGAAGACAGUCAGUUGCAGCUAGCACCAAGUCCGAUGCCACGACAAACAUCGACCAAGACCUAGUCAAGCCGGACCCUGACGAAUAUAUCGACUCUCUGGCCGCCGCGGGCCACUGGGCCGCGUUACCUGGCCAUUUCCAGGAUGCCCAUCACGGCCAUUUUGACAGCCCUAGCUAUCCAACACCGUUCCUGAAGCGUUCUCGGUCCGAUCAUUCCGUCCCCAGCACACCGGAGAACGACACGCGUGCCAAGUAUUAUCGGAGGUGGCCAUCGGAGACUGAAACCGCGGACAGUGUCCCUGUUUCCGACCUUCCCUCGGAGAGCACCGAGUUUGACGACGAAAAUGACGCCAGCAAGUUGAAGGGGGUGAGAUACCCAGGCAUGGGUCUAUUCGACUCGGCAGACGAGAUCCAGAAGAGGAUGCGCAAUCAACGGAAGGAUGAUUCUGUCUUGAAACAGAUGGAGGAGACAUCAUCAGGGAUUGUUCCCAACGAGUUUAUAUGGGCAGAGGACGGCGAGUUUCAGCGUGUUCGCGAUAUCUAUGCCAGCCCUUCGAUCGAGGGAAGCCCGGACCGCAAGUUUGAGGACUGUGAUGUCCCAAAGCCAAAGAGGGGCCGCCGUUCAGCUGCAACUGCAGCGUCAGGGGCGACACGCACGCGGAACUCGACCAGACUUACUCGACAGGCGGCAUCCCGGAACCGGCGCACUCGGCACGAUGAUAAUGUUGAAGUCUCCGGUUCCGUUGACAAUUAUGACAUCUUCCGUGACCCGCCGAAAACCAGUGCCGCACAAGUCGAGAGCUCACCCAGGGACUCUGGCACGCCCUUAUUCACAUCUCAGCCUCCCUCUUCCAAUACCAAUUAUUUCCAGCAGCAGACCAUGGGGGCCGGCACGUUCAACCCGCUAUGCGUCCAGGGUAGAGGGGGCUAUUACAACCCCUACGGCUUCCCAAGCUUCGGCAACGAGGCUAAGCCGUCAACAACCAACUUUCAAGCAAUCAACGCCAUGAACUUGGGCAACAUGGGGUAUAAUGCCUUCGGCGGACCCUUUGCUCCAGACUCGGCCCACGGGGGCGUUGACCAAGACUUUGACCUGUGA